AUGGUCGAGAUCACAAUUACCGGGUGGACCACGCGGGAUAUCCGGUUCCCCACGUCACUUGACAAAACCGGCUCGGAUGCCAUGAACGUGGCCGGAGACUACUCCGCUGCGUACUGCAUCCUACAAACUGAUUUGACCUAUACCGGCCAUGGCAUGACUUUCACGAUCGGCCGGGGGAAUGACCUUGUCUGCGCAGCCAUCAACCAUCUGGCUGCGCGCAUCCAAGGCCGCACACUCUCCAGCCUUGUCUCCCACUGGGGCCAGACAUGGCGGCACCUUGUCAAUGACAGUCAACUACGUUGGAUCGGUCCGGAAAAGGGCGUCAUCCACUUAGCUCUGGGCGCCGUGGUCAACGCGUUGUGGGACCUAUGGGCCAAGGUGCUGGGCAAGCCAGUGUGGCGGGUUGUGGCCGACAUGACACCCGAGCAGGUGGUCGAUUGCAUUGACUUCCGGUAUAUUACAGAUGCGCUGUCGCCCGAGGAAGCAUUGGAGCUGUUGCGCAAGGCAGAGCCCGGGAAACAGGAACGGAUCCGUGAUGCGGAGAACAACCGCGCUGUGCAGGCUUACACAACCAGCGCGGGCUGGCUGGGGUAUGGGGAGGAGAAAGUACGCGCUCUGUUGCAGGAGACGCUCGCCGCAGGGUAUAAAUACUUCAAGGUCAAGGUUGGCGGUGGCGUGGAGCAGGACCGACGACGGCUAGCUAUUGCUCGAGAAGUUAUCGGGUAUGACAAGGGGAAUGUGCUCAUGGUGGAUGCCAACCAGGUAUGGUCGGUGCCGGAGGCGAUUGAGUACAUGAAACAGCUUGUCGAGUUUAAGCCAUGGUUUAUUGAAGAGCCGACGUCUCCUGAUGACAUUAUGGGUCAUAAAGCGGUGCGAGACGCAUUGAAGCCGUAUGGCAUCGGCGUCGCCACAGGCGAGAUGUGCCAGAAUCGGGUCAUCUUCAAGCAGCUUCUGAUGGCGAGCGCGAUCGAUGUGUGCCAAAUCGAUGCUUGCCGUUUGGGAGGUGUAAACGAGGUUCUUGCAGUGCUGUUGAUGGCAAAGAAAUUCGGAAUUCCCGUCGUGCCACACUCCGGAGGAGUUGGGCUCCCUGAGUACACACAACAUCUCAGCACAAUCGAUUAUGUCGUGGUGAGCGGCAAGCAGUCAUUGCUCGAGUACGUCGACCAUCUGCACGAGCACUUUGUCUACCCAGCCAUCAUCAAGGACGGUUUCUAUCAAACUCCAACAGAGCCAGGGUACAGCGUCGAAAUGAAGCCAGAGAGCAUGGAGCGGUACGAGUAUCCAGGGGGGAGGGUAGCUGGUGGCGGACCGAGGAGGCCAAGAAUAUCCUAG